AUGGACUCGGCAGAAUUCUACCCAGAGUACAACGCUCUGAACAACCAUGACUCUUUUCCAGACUGGGAAGAAGAUUUGCCAGUAACGGAAUUCAACCAGAAGAAUCUGUCUGAAUACACACGGUUCCAGAACCGCAAGUUCGAGGCCGAGACGGCGGAGUGGGAGCGUCAUCUGCGCGCCUUCCACAAUACCCCUACCUCGUCUCCCACCUAUCUCUAUUUCUGCAUGAUGAUUUCCUUUACCAUGCUGGUCGGUCUUCGGUCGUACCUGGGCAUUGCUCUGGGGCUGCUGGAGGUGGCCAUUGUCUACAUUGCCGCUCGUUACCAGUUGUGA